UGGACAUUCAACACUUUUUGUUUGUUUGUGUUUUUGUGGUUUUUUCAUGGCAGUGUUCAGUCGAGCCCUCCUGCUGGCUGUUGCUGCCAAGGAAGGGGUGAUGGGGGUCGGGGUGGAGGCUCGGCUCAACACCUUGGUGAGGAAACAUUUAUUUUUUUUCCUCAGGAGCCUCCUGUCAGAGUAACCUCUGCCCCGGAGAAUCAGCCCAGAAAUCUCUGCCUGGCCGGGACCCAAGGAAAACACAGGAUUAACUUUGUCCCGUGGUUCUGGGGGUUGUUAAAAGCCAGGGAACGCCGAGCCGGGUCGGGCGGUUCUGGGGAGCCACGAUGGGAGCCAAGCUGCUGGGGUUCUGCCUCGUCUCUGCCCUCCUCGCCUACUACCUCUACACCCCCAUCCCCGAGGACAUCGAGGAGCCCUGGAAAGCGAUGCUGGUGGCCACCAGCUUCAGGGUCAUGGGCCAGCUGGCUGAGGUUGCUGAUAAGCUGGGGCUGGUGCACUACAUGGAUACCCUGAUGCUGCUCACAGAUGCUGAGUACGUUGCUCCCAUGUCUGAUGAGAACAUCACUGUGAGGGACACGGAGUUCAGCAAUGUGUCUGUGCGCCUCUACCUGCCCAAAAAGCCCUCUGAGAGGCUGAGAAGGGCAGUGGUCUACUUCCACGGGGGAGGAUGGUGCCUGGGACACGCAGGCAUGAGGUCCUAUGAUCAGGUGACAAGGUGGACUUCAGACAGGUUAAACGCUGUUGUGGUGUCAGUCAACUACCGGCUGGCCCCCCAGCACCGCUUCCCUGCCCAGUUUGAGGACGUGUACACCGUAACCAAGUUCUUCCUCCAGAGCAGUGUCCUCUCCCAGUACGGGGUGGACCCGGACCGGGUCUGUGUCUCAGGAGACAGCGCAGGUGGCAAUUUAGCUGCAGCUGUGGUACAACAGCUGUUAGAGGAUCCUGAAGUCAAAACUAAAAUCAAAGUCCAAGCUUUGAUUUACCCUGCUCUUCAAACCCUUGACCUGAACCUGCCCUCUUACCAAGACAAUGACAACAAGCCCAUCCUACCCAGGUCACUCAUGAUCAGGUUCUGGGGUGAAUAUUUCACUUCGGAUCCCUCUCUGCAGGAAGCCAUGGCCACCAACAGCCACGUCCCUCUGGAAUCCAGCCACUUACUUCAGUUUGUCAACUGGAGCAAGCUGCUGCCCGAGGAGAUGAAGAGGGGCCACGUCUACAGAGCCCCCGUGCCCGGCAGCCCCGGGCUGGCCCGGCGGUACCCGGGGUUCCUGGACGUGCGGGCGGCGCCGCUGCUGGCGCCCGACGCUCGGCUCCUCCGCCUGCCCCACACCUAUGUCCUCACCUGCCAGCACGAUGUCCUGAGGGACGAUGGCCUCAUGUAUGUCAAGAGGCUGCGGGCCCUGGGUGUCCCUGUCACCCACCACCACGCCCAGGAUGCCUUCCACGGGGCCAUGAUGUUCAUCUCCUGGCCCAUGGAGUUAGCGGUGGGGCACCGGCUGCUGCAGCAGUACAUCGAGUGGCUGGACCAGAACCUCUGAGCUGGGAUGGUGGCUCCUGGGGGGAUAGCAGGAGCUGUGGAGGUCUUUGAGCCUGGUUGCAGUCCCUGCUGCCCUGGACAGUUGGGUUUGGAGCAUCCCUCACCUUCCCUGGCAGGAAAAUCGGUCUGAUUCCAACCCAAGUGUUCUUCCCCACCCUGGGGUCCUUCUGGGCUGGCACAGAGGGGUGCCUGGGGUGCCACACUCUUCCUGAAUACCCCAGCCCCCUGGGGUUCAGGGUCUUGACUCACUUCUUGCCAUCUAUCGUGGUGUCACAACAGGAGCUUGUGCAAGAGGGCAGGGUCCCAAUUGCCCAGGGGAGGGGAUGGGAUGGGUGGGGGAAGCACCCGGAAACCCAACGGGAUGGCUGGAACGCAGCCCAAAAGUUGUUCUGCUCUUGGUUUGUUUUCUGUUGGUUUUUGAGGUUUUUGUUAGCUUUUUGUUUGUUUGUUUGGGGUUUUUUCUUUCCUAAAAAGUCUCUGUCUUAUUUCCUGUUUCUUCAAUCCCUGCACCCAAAGGACAAAGUGAGACAACAGCCCUGGGGUUCCAUAAGGGAGGCAGCCUGGGGAGGUCCUGGCCUUACAAUAGCCCUGCUGUGUGGUUUAUGUUCUGCUUGGUAAAUAAGCUAUGUCUCCUGUGUUCUAAUUGUCCUAAUAAUUGCUGCAUAUGGUCUUUUAAAUAAAUUGCUUUGUAGCUUUAUAGGCUGGAAAAAGGAACACUCGUUCAGCUGUCAGUCUUGAGCAAAUACCCUCUGUAAAUGUUUUGUGUAUUAAAUGUAAAGCUUAAACCUUUCCUGAAUGCUGCAUGCAGACCUUGGCUGGUUCUUGGUUUCACACUGGUCACAACACAGACAUACUUGUGGCAGCCUGUUUUUUUCUUUUGCACAAAAGGUACUGAAUAUUCAAUUCUUCUUUUCUUUUUUUUUUUCUUUUUUUUUCCUGAGUGUGUGUGCAGCUUGUUUAGAUCAAAGGUAUAUGGGAUGGCUGCUGUGGUUUUUUAUUGCGUUGUGUUGGGUAUAAAAAUUAAACCUGUCUGUGAUUCCA